AUGUACUGUAACGAGCAGCUUGCGGUUAUGCUUGAGCCGAUCUGCGUUUCGACAGCCAUUUAUUCGCCUCCCCCACGUCGUCGAUUGAGUGACGAUCCUCCGCCCCGGAGAUACACAGGUUUCUCGAAUGAGCGGCUGAGCCCAGAAAGGCAGUUUCGUCCGUCUCGCAGAGGUACCAAAAGAAAUGAAGACGACUUUGAUGUUUCUUAUGGUGGAGAGCCCGUACCCGCGCAUACAGCUUCGUGGGAGCCCCAACCCGCCCCAGAGUCUUACGACUUUCUGAGCACUUCACCACGCACAUCAUCACCAACCAGUGGCAGUUACAUCACGGAGAAGAAUUCCAGUACUAUACCCAGUUACGUUGAAGGGGUUGAGAAUGAUGGCACAAAAGCUGAAGAAGUCGAGGAGGCUGGCAUGUCGUGGACGGUGACCCUUCCGACCAACAACGAACACAUGCUUUACACGCAUUUGUCUGACUCGAAUUCGGCUUGGAAAACAAAAAAGUAUCAUGACAAGAAGAUUGGCACAACAACUCUUGAAUCGAUUUACUCCAUAAGAUAUUCAACUGGUGAAAUGGGACAAGGAAAAAUUACACUUUUCUGUCCACAAGGCCCUACCAGGGACAAUGACGAUUCAGCUCCAGUGCAAGCCAAGUGGCUCCAUGUUCAACGUUCUUCGAUGAGCGUCAAAGUUUUGGAAAAACUCGUCAUGGAUUGCCCAAUAAUUAAUGGAGAUAUCCGGAGAGUUGCCAUUUUGCUCCUUGAGUCUGUCGAAAAGUCAUUUCUCCGGGAAUCUGAAAAUGGUGCAUAUAUCGAACCGGGUUCUGUUUUGCGAUUUAAUGGCACCCGCCAAGUACUUCAUGACGCGCACAACUCUGUGGUCACGGAACCGGUUAUUUUUUCGGCUUUCCCGUUUAUAGAGUUGGCUUCGUCCAAAAACAACAGUGGAUCUCACGAGAGAGAUGAUUUCUAUCGUCGGACUCUCCUUCAGAAUCUCUACGGAUUUGACGUUGUCACAAGUCGGGGCAAGAACCAGGUUAUUCAUAAGAUGCCGGUCAAUUGCCAACCACACGACACAUUGUUUGUCAAUCAAUUGUGGUGCCUGGUGAUAGGCUCGGAUAUCUUAAUCACUCUGUCGGACCGGCCGCCGGAUGACUUGCUUGGUGGCACGAUCGAGAAGCGUACCGACUACUUUAGACAGCCGCUGAGAAUCGAGAUUGUCGAUGUCAAGGGCUUUCAGCAUAGCAUGAGCAUAUCAUCGAAGACUCCAUGGGUAGAUUUCUUCCGGCAAGUUAUAUAUACUGUUCACGGCAAUCUCAUUAGCAUCAUGGACUAUGAGCUAGUUGAUCAGGCAGACGAAGUUGUAACGACAGAACGAUGGGCUGAACUAGCAAAAGCGGCGAGACCAUCGCUUCUAAAGUUUCAUCUUGUCAAAAGAAAAGCACCAACAUCACGUUCAUCAAGUGUAUCUAGCCGACGAAGCAGCCGUUCGGGUAUCAGACGACUUUUGCUACUCGAUUACGCUCAGCGCGACAAUCGCCACAGCUCAAGAACAAGCGUAUCAAGAUAUCACACAGAUACAUACGACGGAGAUCUGUCUUCUAGAGAAAACAUAUCUACAUCUAAAAGGGCCUCAACUCCAAGACGACUGUCAAUACAUGGUCAUCCUUUGAUGAACGAACAACAGGCUCCUGCUAGCAGCAUUGAAGAGCAAAGAGAAACGGCUACAAGCCUCGAAGACAAUUUUUUCUAUAUAAGCGACGAUGACGAAAACAAAACGCCGAAAGAAGGAUCUCCAGACGUUUCAAUGGCAAAAGAUGCGGCUAGCUCCUCCAAGAAUGUUGGCACUCGACAAAGGGACAACGAAUUAAAUGAACGCGAAGAGGUAUCUACUUCUCAACCAAAUACACCAGUUACUAUGUACCGAAAAGCUCAAGUAGAUGAUGGAUCUGACUCUUCUGAUGGAGACGAGAUGAACAAACGCAGUCACAAUGAUCUGAUUGGCGCUACAUCACCUGACACGAGUACCGAGUUGAACUUGGGUGAUAAUAUGGUGCUAAACGGCGAACAUAAUUCUUCUCAAGAUAAUUUACCUGAGCUUCGCAAUCUUGAAAAGGCGCAAGAGAUAAGAUUUAUCUUUGGAAAUAGUACCAGCUUUCCACGAGACGUUUCAUAUGAAGGGUCUCGCUCACGAUCUUCCUCCCUUUCAAAUUCGACAGAUGAAUCCUCCCAUUCACGUGGAAGGAGUCUCACACGGAAACGGCGUGCCUGGAGAUGGGAAAGUUCAAGUUCGGCGCCUGAUCCUUCGUCGCGCUCUGGGGUGCGCUUCCAGCCUCAGAAGCGGCGCUUGAGUGACAAAGACAGUGCAGAGAUGUCUCCUUAUGGAAGUUCAAAUGCUACCAAGGUAGAAACACGAUCUGUACCAAAAGCUGUCCCAUUCUUUUUCUGGAGACAAAACAGCAUGACAAGUACAUUCUCAUCGCUCGACACUCAAGAACAGGUCUUGAUUAAGCUUCUUGACCAAAUAGAUGAACGCAUUUCCGGCGAUCCAGUUAGCAGGUACUAUUUGAAAGUUGCAGAACUAACUAUGGACGAUUUAUUAUCGAGACAAGAAUCCCUUCACGAAUCGAGUUUGAGGAUGGAUUCGAGGCUUGUUCAGGGGAAAUACAGCCAAAUGAUUAGAUCAGGUGGACAAGGAAUAAUUGAUAAACCUGCUCUUGACAAUGCGCCUGGUUCAACAAACACACCAUUAGGCCAAGGUGCCAAUGAGCAGACAUACUUUGGCCAAACGAAAGCUCUAGGCCUCGUGAGCCACGAUAAGGCACUUGCGAAACAACUGGUGGAGAUAAGCCAGCAAAUUAUCUGGUCAUUCAUACCAGAUACCGACGGCUCUGUGAUACAUACCCUAUUAAAACGACUUUGGGGUUGUGUGGAUAUCAUGUGUCUGCAAAUACUUUGGGAAGAGAACGAAAGAGAGCGUGAAUCUGAAUGUACAUAUACCAUACGUGACUUUUCGAGCCAGGUCAAGAAAACGGAUCUUCGUAGGCGAGAGCUAGCCUUGGCCAAGACGUCCUAUUUGGAUUGCGGAGAUUGUAAGACCGCAAAGCCUUAUCAAUCGGCCAUUGACGCGCUGAAUCAUUUGCAUGAAAGACAUAUUGAAUGCAAGCAUCGCGACUCUGAUCGCCCAUAUGACGAUCCCUGCUAUGUAUGGCUGCGUCGCACUUGGCACGAUGGAUAUCCCAUGCGAAGCUCUCGAGACGGACUUUUGGGAAUUAUGGAAGAAUUCAUCGAGGAGCUAUCUUUUAUCAGCGACUAUGUGGGAGAGUUGCACAAUAUGACGACAAGAGAUUCUCCAACAAGCGAUGCAGUCUCUACACCUCCAUUGUCCAUGAACAUUACUCAUGCGUUUCAACAAAUUAUCAAAAUGUUCGUCUUUCGCUCUAAGCAGCUAUCUCUUAUCAAUCGGCGGCGAAGCUUGAUCAGCGGAAGCUCACUUGAGAAUUUCCCGUUAAUUCAGCGCAUUGAUCGAAAGAUUGAGGAACUCUUUUCGCUGGAAAUGGACGCCAACGAACGCAUCAUAGACCGCUUAGAGAGUGCCAAGAAAGAUAUCUUUCUGACUGGUAUCGGAUCUCAUUCUGAGAUGCUUGAGGCUGAGACUGUGCGAGUCCAGUUUCUUGCAUUGGCAUUCAUGUCGGAGAUCCAGAGACCUCUGUUCCAGCCAUCUACCAUGGGCCGCUCUUAUGAAAAGGAUACUCUCUUGCGGCUCUACAAAGAUUACACAUCUCGGCUUCAUUUUGAGGCAAAUAACCGACCUCGAAAACGGGUCUUUUUGGAUAUUCAUGGCCUCGAAGAAGAGCUUCAAGCAUUGGACAAAUUAGUAGAUAGCCAAGAGAGCUGCCUCUAUAAUUUCCUCACUCUCAUCGACCCUCUGACUUCUCGAUAUACCACGGAAACACGAUUCAGAGAAUUUCGAGUCGAAGUGCAAUUUGGCAAUGAUCAGCUACACCGCCGAAUAGAAAGACGGCGAGAAAUUGACAAUUUAGCGACACGACUAUGGAUUCUGAAAGAUCAAGUAAAGCAAACGAUUGAGAUAAUGGAAGAAGAUCAUGGAAAAGCCAUCAGGGUUUUCACUGUUGUCACGCUUUUUUUCUUGCCGCUGUCAUUUGUUUCGAGCUUCCUCGGCAUGAAUACGACAGACGUGAGGAAUUCGGAGUGGAAUCAAGCCAUUUUUUGGAUAACUGCAGUACCAGUUACGGUAGGAGUACUAUCACUCGCAUUUAUCUACGGCUACAGAGGUGAAGAAAUCCGUGACUGGAUGAUUCAAGCAUUGCAGGCUCGAAGCCGUCAAGGUACAGCAUCAGCAUUUCACGAAAUGGGUGGACGAACAUCGUUCGAAGCGAGACAAAAAGAGCGGUAUCCGGCUAUAACAGCAGAACAAAAUACAAUUGAGAAAAGAGGCUUCAGCAAUCUACGUCACAUGAACGGCACCUUCAAGGUAUCCGACGGGCUUGACGGGAGAGUUUCGAUAAGGCGGCGAAACACAGAAGAUAGUCUGGCACCUAUGAGACAUGAAUGA